GGUCAGAACGACAGCCUAUAGCUCACACCAAACCACUCUCUCUCUCUCUCUCUCUCCUCGUGGAGCCCCAACCCAACUACGCCGCCGCCACCUCAUCCCCCCGGCGAGCGACACGGUCGCAUCCCACCGGAGCUCCGACCGCCGCAGCGGCGGUCGCCUCGCCGGAGAAGAAGCCGCGUGGGGGGGAAGGCGGAGGAGGGGGGGGGUGGGGGUGCAAUGGAGACGGAGGUGUUCCCCGUGGUUGACCUCCGCGUGCUCUCGCAGUCCGACCUGGAAGCGCUCGCCGCCGCCUCAGCCCACGCGGUGGCCCCGGGGGGCAGCUGCCCCGACGCCGACCAACUCCCGCCGCUGAAGAUCGACCGCGCCGUCUUCAACGAGAGCGCCGGCUCGCGCAAGCAGACCUUCUCCCGCGUCCGCUUCGGCGCCGCCGCCGCCGUCGCCGCCUCCCCUUCCUCCCCCUCCCCCUCCGCCGCCGCCAAGCUGCCCAGGGGCAACGACAAGGAGGACAGCUUCAUCGCCUACCACCUCCGCCGCCUCUUCGCGCCCGACGACCCCUCCUCUCCCCAAAUCCAAACCCUAGCUCUACCCGCGCCGCCGUCUCCCGACCCCGACCAGUUGACCACCAACUCCAAGGGGGUCUCCGUUGAUCUGGUGAGCCUCUCACGGCUUGCCGACCCGUACGACGCGGAGCUCGGGAAGCGGACUGCGGGGAUGACCACGGAGGAGGAGCUGAUGGGCUUCAUCUCUAGCCUCGCGGGUCAGUGGGUGAGCCAGAGGAUGCGGAGGAAGUUAGUUGAUGCGUCCUUCUUCGGGGAUCACCUCCCCAGCGGGUGGAGGCUGCAGCUUGGGAUCAAGCGGAAGGACCGCAAGGCCUGGGUGAACUGCUUCAGUUAUGUGAGCCCCAAGGGACAGAGUUUUGCUACUUGCCAAGAGGUUUCUGCAUACCUCAUGUCCCUUCUUGGGUAUCCGGAGUUCAAAACGGAUAAUAUUGAGUAUGGUAGCACACAACAACAUGGCUUGUGUGCUGACGAUGGUGUUAAUGUUUUAGGUGUUCAACACCAAAUUGGUACAGGUAUGGACAGUCAAAGUAUUUUGCCAGUUGCUUCUAUUACCUUUUCUAGUCAUUCAAGAGAUCAAGACGAAACAGAUGCAGAUGAUAUAAAUUCUUAUGAAUGUCAACAAUGCAAUUUAACUUUUCAUGGUCAGAGUGCCUAUGCGCAUCACCUGAUCACUUUUCACAAAAUGGGUUCUAAAAGGCGUAAGAUUAACAAGGUUGGCAAAUUUGGUGAGCCAGUGAUAGGCAAAGAUGGGAAAUUUGAAUGCCCAGUAUGUAAUAAGACGUUUGAGGAACAGUCACGGUACUUUGGUCACGUUGGAUCCCAUGCAAAGUAUCACGGGCUGACUCCUGAAGCAUUCCUACAAACCUUGUCAGGAAAGGUUGGUAACGAUUCUUUUGCAGGUUUGUCAUGUAGCCUUCAAGAUUUGGUCGGAUCACCACAACUGAAUGAGAAGACUACUGCUAGUGAAGCACGAUCACAGCAUCACAAUUGUUCAACUAAACAUGGAGGCAAUAGUACAAGAGGUAUAGACCUUUUUAACUCAAAUUGUCCAGCUAACUUCAAUGGGCAUAAUCAAACUUGGUGUAGACCUGAUGAAAUUCCUCCCACCACAGAUGCUCCAAGCACAUGGACUUAUAGAAAUAAUGUGACGAACUGUGCUGAUAGAACUGUUCCGAGAACAGCACCUCAGCCCAAUGAUCACAUGGAUUGCAGGGUUAGUGGCUUUGCUGAAGCAACUAAUUUUAACGAUCAAGCAGGAAGACACCAAGGUUUUAGACCUUCCUCCUUUGGAACUACCAACCAUUGUCAAGGCCAGAUAAUUGAUCAUGCAGUAGCUGCUUCCAAGCAUGCUGAGGUUAAUAAUAGUAUGAAAUCAAGAGAUGUCAACCUCAAUUCACGCCUGAACACAAUAUCCUUUCCUAUUGCAACUGCGAACAAUGAAACAUCGACUGCCCUUAAUGACGUGAAUCGGUCAUGCAUUACUGGAAAAGGUUUUAGUGGAAGUUUCAGUAACAAUGAUGGUGCUGCAUCUAUCGUGUUGCCCAGUUCUGGAUUAAACAAUAAAAUUCCUAGCUCCCUCGGUGUAGCUGACAGAUCAUCUAUUGCUGCAAGAUCUUUCAAUGCUGGUUAUGUUAAUGAAAAUGGUGCUUCUGAAGCUAACAAUAUUGGCAACAAAAACAAUACCAUGGUGUAUCAGACAAGUUUGGCCAUGCGCCCAGUCUCUCCUUGUGAUCUGCAACUUGGAUUUAGUGGUCAGAAGCAGCAGAUAUUGCCUGGUUAUGGAGAACUUAGACCAGCUGCGUCUGGGUCCCCUCAGCUUGGGGGCAUGGCAGCAAACAGUUCAAUUCCCACCAGACCCUCUCAGCCGCAGUUUGGGAGUAUGGCCAGAACCGAUGCUUUGCCUACUGGACCCUCUCAACCAGGGAGCUUGGCCAGACCUAAUUUUGUGCCCACAGGAUUUUCUCAGUUUGCAAGCAGGCCACCUACUUCUGUACCACCAGCCGAUUCCUCUCAGUUUGCAGGGGGCAUGGCCAGGCAAAACAUUCCGACCACGUCUGAACCAACUCUAGUAUUGGGCUAUACUCCUCAGAUGGUCAAUGGCCCUCCAGCCCAGCUAGGAUGGGAUCUAUCUUUGUCAAGGAUGGUCAGUGAAGGCAUGCUCCCAGUGUUAUGUAUAUGGUGCAACAGCCAAUUCCACCAUUUUGGCCCCAUUGAUGCACAGCAAUCUGGUUCGUUUGGUUUCAUUUGCCCAGCUUGCAAGGAGAAGAUGUCAGGCAAUCCUAAUGCGCCCAAUAACGGUCCAUGGCAACCAUGAUAACUGUUGUGGCUGGUCUACAAUCAUUUCUGUUGCUGGAUCUUUGGUCUAAGGUUAGCUGCGGUGUGCCUGCACCCCAGAGUUUUAGUAGGGUAUCUAGGAACGAUGUCUGUAUUUUGUGGACUCUCUUCUGUACGUACUUCUGUUGAAAUGUGAAGAAAACCCCAAGAGAAAAACCCACUGAAUGUUGUACUUUUGGCAGGAUGGAUCUCCAGUAAGAUUCAAGGGUUGUACGCAGCCAUCAUCCAAAAAGAGUUUAUGAGAUAGAUUUUGAUGUAGUAUUAUUGUUUGGCAACAAAGGUACAAGUUGAUCGCACGCUGAUCGCGUGAUAGA